AGCGGCGGCGGCGGCGGCGCCGGGCAGUCGCGGCGGGGCCAUGAACGGGCUGAAGGGCUGGUGCGCGGUGCUGGACGUGCGGCCCCACGGCGAGAGCCCGGAGAGCGUGAAGGUGCUGCGGCUGACGCUGCCGAAUGACCUCCCGGGCGACAGGCGCGAGCAGGCGAAGCAGAAGCCGGUGGGAAAAGCCUUUGCCAUGGUGGCCAACAGAUCCAGCAACGGUCACUCCCUGGCCUCCGAAUGCAUCAAAUCCAACGAUGGCGAUGAGGAGAUCAUCAAGGUUUAUCUCAAGGCACGGUCCGAGGGCGGCAUGAACCACGAGGAGCACGUCAACCAGCUGAAAAGUGAAGUUCGUUACAUUCAAGAGGCUAGAAGUUCUUUGAAGAAGCUGCGGGAAGACUUAAGUAGUAAACUUGAGAACAGACAAGGAGAUAAACAGCAUGCACAGGUCGUGCUGGAAAACCAGAACGGGAGCUGGCUGGAUGCCGAGAGGCUGCGUGCCGAUUCCUGGGAGGACCAGGAGGACGACUGCUCAGGUGAAGACGUGGAGAAGAUCCGACAGACGGCAAAGAGGCUGUUCACGAAGCUGCAGGAGGCUGAAAAGCGCCAUCAGUUGGAAAAGAAAGCCUUUGAGAGGACGAUCUCGCAGUACCAGGAGGAAGCGGAGCAGACGAGCUCUGCCCUGCGGAGAGCGGAGGAGAGCGUGCUGGAGAAGGAGGUGCAGGUGGAUGAGCUGCAGAGACUCCUGGCAGGGAUGGAGAAGGAGCACAGGAGUUUGCUGCUGAAGAUGAAAGAAGGCGAAGCAGAGCUGGCGAGGCUGAGAAGCGUGGAAGGUGACAAGCUCGCCGAACAAGACCGGUCAGCCCAGCUGGAGAAGGAGGUGGCCAUGCUGCGGGAGAAGAUACACCAUCUGGACGACAUGCUGAAAAGCCAGCAACGCAAAGUCCGCCAGAUGAUCGAGCAGCUCCAGAACUCCAAAACGGUGAUUCAGGCCAAAGAUGCCAUGAUCCAGGAGCUCAAGGAGAGAGUCGCUUACUUGGAGGCUGAGAACCUGGAGAUGCACGACCGCAUAGAGCACUUGAUCGAGAAGCAGGUCAGCCGGGGCGGCCACAGCUCCAGAGUGCGCUCGAAGUCGGAGUACGUGAGCAGCAAAAGGCCGACGGGCCCCAAGCCGCUGCCUCUCAUUCGAGUAGUGGAAACAUGAGUUUCGAGGGCCGGUCCGAGCUGAAGACUCUCCCCUUGUUAUCGUUCACUGGAUUUCCCUGCUUGACUGCCAUCCUCUGUGCUCCCGGAGUCUCCCCGGAGCUGUCGGCGGAGGGCUGUGCCCUGGAGAACUGUGGCAGCCGAGGACAGACGUAGCCGGGGCGGUCCUGGCAGAGGAAGGAAGGAAGGAGGUUUGCGAAGCGUCCACAUUGCUGUCCCCGCGGGGUCCCAGGGUCACACGGAUGCCAGUUUGGAGGCUGGACCAGCUGGCCCCGGCGUGGACGCGGUGGGUCUCUGGCUGGAGAGCCAGGCUCGCUUUCCCUGGUCAGUCCUGGGUUUGCCGGGGUUGCUCUGCGAGAGCAGCCUUUGCUUCUGAAGGGCCUUGUCCAAACAGAGCCUCCCCUUCAGCUUGCAGCUUGCCAACGUGGACUUGGGGUUUAACCUUUUUUGGUUUAAAAAAAAUAAAAAGGAAGAAAAAAAAAAAGAAAUCCUCCUGAAACCGGACUCCUUCCUACAACGAAGCCCAAUGCGUGACAAGUUGGGAGCCUCCACCUCCGAUCUCCAGCACAUAUCAGGCUGCUCCGGACUUGGCAAAGGCUCACGUGGCCAAAACUCAGUGUAUCACCAUGCUUUUCCCAAGAGCGUAGAGAAAUUGUACCUGACGUACGUGUAGUGUUUGAACCCAGAGGCUGUUUGGUUUGUUACCUGUAUUUAUUUCAAUAAAUUAUUGGUGUCUUCCAAUGGUGCGGUGACAGGCAUGAUUGCUGCUGUCCACCUCUACGGGAGCACAGUUGAGGACUGCCUGUCCCGUGCCUGAACUGGAAAAUACCAGCCAGCUUCCUCGGGGCUUGCCGGUUGCUGCCUGUCUUGUGCGCGCCCGUGCUCAGGGAAGGAGCUUGGGUACCUCUAGAGGAAAGGUGUUGGCGUUUGUACUGACCGUGUUAACACAGAAAUACAUGUGCCUUAAUCCCUC